CAAUCAACUUCGCCCUCAUUGGUAAAUUGACUCUCUCGGCUCCCGUUACUCUCCCCGCUUCUUCCUGUUGCCGGUCGCAGCCAUGGCGGCUAUGAGUUUAUUGCAGCGGGCUUCUGUCACUGCGGUGACGGCUCUGUCUGGCCGCCGCCUUGGCACUCGACUCGGAUUCGGAGGCUUUCUCACUAGUGUCUUCCCAAAGACUGUUGCUCCUGUACGACACAGUGCAGACCAUGGGAAAAGACUGUUCGUCAUCAAACCUUCUUUAUUCUAUGACAAGCGCUUUUUGAAAUUAUUGAGAUUCUACCUUUUGUUGACUGGGGUUCCGGUAGUAAUUGGCAUAACUCUGGUGAACGUAUUUAUUGGUGAAGCUGAAUUAGCAGAAAUUCCAGAAGGCUAUAUCCCAGAAUAUUGGGAGUAUUACAAGCAUCCUAUAUCAAGAUGGAUUGCUCGUACUUUCUGUGAGAACCCCGAAAAGAAUUACGAAAGGACAAUGGCUAUCCUUCACAUUGAAUCUGAAAAGGCUGACUUAUGGUUAAAUGAGUUGGAAGUUCGAAGACUAAUGCGUGCUAGAGGUGAUGGACCCUGGUAUCAAUAUCCAACCAGUGAUAAGGCGCUUAUUGAUCAAUCUCCAAAAUCAACCCCUGACAAGUAGUCGUUCAUUUCUUCAGAUAUAAAGUGUAUUCUCUUAAGUGGAAAUAAGUUGAUAAAUAUAGUCUGUACUUUUGCUCUGUGAUGAAUAAAAGAGCUUCUUUCAA